AUGACGACCGAGGCACAGAAGAAGAUAUUCAACGAUCCCAACUUUGUGAGCCGGUACAAGCUUGGUGAAGUUCUGACUGGUGAAUUUGCUCAGAAAAUACUCAGCCAGAUCGAUCUCUCCUCCACUAAGGAGCCAGUUCACUUCCUAGAUCUUGCUUGUGGUACUGGUAUAGUGUCAAAAUAUGCCGUCGAAAUUCUUUUUAAGACCAGGCUACAAAACAAGCUCUUGCCUGAAGACAGAUUUACUUGCGCUGAUAUGGCUCCUGCAAUGCUUGACGUUCUAAAGGCCAGGAUAGGAGAAGAGAAUUGGUCGACCGACGGCCAGCAGUUUGAAGUCGUCCAGGCCAAUAUGACAGACACAAAGUUGCCUUCAGAUAACUAUACACAUCUUGGCUGCAAUUUCGGUCCUGGACUCGCACCACAGCCUGAGAACACGCUUCGAGAGUCCUACCGAAUGCUGAGACCUGGUGGUGUUGCUGGAUGGACUUUCUGGCAGACUGUCGGCUGGUUCCCGGACGUGAGCAAGGCCAUGAAAGAGAUCCGUGCAGCUGCCGAGCAAAAGGUUGCCGAUGGAACUGCGACCGAGAACGACCAGAAGUUAGCGAACAUCCCUGCUUUCCUCUCCAUCGAGCAGUUCAUCGCCAAGGCUGCUGAUGUUGACCUCAACCAGACUCCACAUACACGCUGGGAUCGAGAAGACUUCGUCAAGGCCCAGGUAGAAGAGGCUGGGUUUACAGACGUCAAAGUGGAGGUUGUGAAGAAGGAUUUUACCAUGGACACGGCCUCGGCAUACCAGAUGGUUAAGCCCAUGUUCGGUCUGCUGAGAAACUUCUGGUCCAACGAAGACAAGGAAGCCACGAACGGUGUAGACAUAGACACGGCGAUGGAUCAAUGGUGGGAGAGGCGACUCAAACAAGACGACAUCCAAGACGACAAAAUUCUUUGGAAGGACUUCACAGCGACGGUUGUAACUGGACGAAAAGCACUUUGA